AUGUCACUUGUGCCUCCAGAAGUCCCAAGUCAGAAAGUUCCCUCAAAACAAUCCUGUUAUCAGGAAGACCUGAUUGAAGAAGUAAUCGAUCUCUAUUUCGCUCUGGAAGCAAAGGAUAGUAACCCCAAUGCCGAAGUCCCCUUAGAAAGCUUGAUCGAUGGUUAUUUGGAAGCACUUCAGCUUGAAGAACUAGAAUCCGUCAACCGUGGGUGCCGUUAUCGAAAUGGAACUGCCUGUGAAGAUUGGAACAGAAGGGUGAAUAAGUUUAAAAGGUCGAUCCAAGACGACACAAAAAUGACGAAAGACAACCGUUACGAGAAUGGAGCAUGUUUAGAACAAGCGGAAGAUG